AUGUCAACCUCUCUUGAUGAGACCAGCAAUGCGCCGGACGCAUUCAACGUACGGUGGCAAUUCAUCGACUCUUCGAACAAUAGUCGAACCAACCUAACCCAAGUGAAGCGCCAUGUUAUGCAAGAAUAUAUGCGCCAGAAGAAAGGCGGCACUCGUCAGAGCGAAAGUGAAGAGGAGGAACUACGAGCAAAACGUGGUAGGCCCAAGAAAACUCAGGCGAAACGAAGACCUGAGAAGAAAGCAAAAUCAGACGAUGACAACAAUAACAAUCAACCUCGAGCAAGGAGAUCAACAAGAAAGCAAGUGACAUACAAAGAAGACAUCAAUGCCGAGGUUAACUGCGACGUUCUUGCUUCGAAUCCCAUCUCGUCGAACCCUGCGUUGAUUGAACCCAAUGAUGUACCCUCGUAUCCCCCUUCCCGGUCAUCUUCGGCCCAAUCUCAAGAUGUUCCUCCCCCACUGGAUGGCUUCAUCGAUGUACAUCCGCAGAGAGCUCCAAGCCAUGAUCUAUAUUUUAACAAUUUCUCAUGGCCGCCACAAUCUACGAUCUCAUAUCAGUUCAUGCCAUCACCAAAUACUAUGAGCAGUGAUGCGCGAAUUGACACAUUCAACACUCUACCUAUACAGUUGAACCGAAAUGGUUACAAAAUAUUUGACUCCUAUAUGAACGAUAUGCCAGCCUCCUCCUAUGGGUCUCAUUACCCGUCGCCCAUGGCCCACAACUGUUAUACACCGGCCUUUGUGCCUGAGAUAAUGAAAGAAGAGGCAAUUAAAAAUACUCUUCUCCAUAGAAGUCGUACUGUCUCCGUGCUUCAGGAACACCGCUCCGACAACCCUCAUGACAUCUCCGAUGUUGCAAUAAUUCCCUGCCUGAGUGCCGCGGCCUUAGAGGACUGCGAUCCCCGACCAGACCACGAGGAAACAAUCUGGGCACACAUGCAAGCUGCACACGAGAUGAUACGAGCUCGUGGUGGCCCCGCUGCAUUCGCAAACACUCGUAUCGGCAUGAUGAUCAACUGGGAAAACUACAUCUUGCCGGGAUAUGAGACCCAGGAGCCCAGCUUCUUCUAUGAAUACAACCAACGAGCCCCAUUCUCAUCUGAUUCAGUACCCCAGCUCACCCCAAAACCCAGCUCAAUGCCAUCUCCGCCAUAUUCCACCUCCUCGGCCUUCUCAGAAGUCUCGCCCAGUCCCGAACCUCAAACAAUGCUCCCACACUCUGUACCGAUUCCAGUAGAUGAGAUCAAAUUCCAAUACGAAGAAUUCUUCGACUUCCUGCGCCGUUGUGAACAACUUGCCCUAUACCAACGCGGUAACCCUCAAUCAUCGUACAUAACCCGACACACCGCAGUCAGAGAAACAUCCAUCCUCCACCAAAUCCUCGCGACACCCCCAGACGCCCAAUUCACCACCUCAGACAACCGAAAACAAAUGAUCACCCGCUUAACAGCGUUGAUGACACUCAAUGCCGCGAUGUGGGAUUACCGCAACACGCCAGCGCGCGCAGCAAUCUUCCUCGACACAAUUGAUAAAUCCAUGGUUGACAGCGAAGUCGGCGUGAAUGGCUCUGUCGAUGCCAGACUUCAAACACUGCUUGAAUGCACUGACGGCACUUUUGAUGGCUGGCCCACCAGUGCCGACGGCUUUGCUUCCGCUGCCCCGGUAGAGGAGCUCCCAGACUUCUCUCAGUACUUUCCAACUGCUACUUCGCCCUCCGCGCGUCCCUGGUUCGCUGGUCGCAUGCUGAAGAUUGCUCAGCGGUUGAGCCCUUUGUCGUGGUACCGUGUUAAUGAGUUUUUGUUCUCGUGUUUGACCCUCCAGGUGCAGGAGUCGUGCAUGGCUCUUUGGGAAGCGGAUCUUCGUCGGGAAAUUCUCGAUGGGCCGACUACUUAUGUCAUGGGCUCAUUGAUGGAGUGA